AUGCAGAAAUUUCAGUUCCUCAUUGCGGGCAUCCCGCUGUCCCCCCUGCACAAUUCCAUUUCAAUCGGGCAGGAGCUUUGUUUGCGCGGUCAUAAUGUUACAGUCUUCAGCUUUGCAGACAGAGGAAGAAAAAAAGUGGAGAAGUAUUCCUCCAGAUGCAAGCUAGGCUAUGUGAAUCUGGGCCCAUUGCCUGUUAGUGAGGAGAAGGAAGAGCAAGUGGUCCUUACAGGAAUGGCCACCAAUAGUACGAGGAAGCAGAUAACCCACGUGAUGAAUAACCUCAUGCUGCCCUACAACGAUGCCUUGGCGAACGCAAUGGAAGCAUACUUCAAAGGUUCCCCCGCGAAGUUUGAUUAUGCUUUGCUCGGCUUGCCCUUCGGGCGAACUGGACAACUGUUGCGACAGCAUGGGAUAGACUUUGCAGUAAACAUCCCAACAAUUGUGGUCCCUCCGCUGGUUCCGUGGGCUGCUCCGUAUGUGCCCAUCCCGUUUUACCACGUGAGUGUGCACAACAUGACUUUCUUGGACAGGGUUUUGGUGAUUGGCGGCAACACGCUGAUCAAUUUCUUUCGUGCGUACGCCUAUUCAGUGGGAUUCAAGUUCACCCUUGUUCCUGAGAUGGAUUGGGACCUUUGGAAUGGGCGUCUUGUCUUCGUGAACACCAUUCCCGGUAUGGACAUCACGCAACCGCUGCCUCCUUUGGUACAAUACACUGGGCCGGUCGUGGACGUGAAGAAGAUGGAGCCCUUCUCAGAUGAUGUUGCGCAGUGGCUCGAAGAGGUGCCCGAGGAUAUGCCGGUGGUCUAUGUCAGCUUCGGAACUGUCGCCAGACUCACGCCGGAUCGGGCCAGAGCUAUGUUGUCAACUCUCACUUCUUCAGAGUACUACACAUUGUGGGCCUUGCCAAAACCACAGCAAGAGGGCUUGCCAGGCGACAUUCCAAGCAGUGUAAAGAUUCAUCACUGGGUGCCAACUGCACGAGCGCUGGCACAUCCUAAAGUCAAGGCCUUCGUUUCGCAUUGUGGAGGCAACUCAGCUACCGAGUCCAUGGCUUUGGGCGUGCCGUUGGUCGGCUACCCUCAGUUUGGCGACCAGCCUGCAGUUUGCCAAAGAAUUGCUGAUGCUGGCGCUGGUAUCACAGGACCUCCUGGUGGCUGGGUGCAGUCUGCGGAUGUGCUUCAUGUCUUGAAUACAGAACGCUAUGCGGAGCGGGCGGUUGCCAUGUCUCGGCUCUUGGAGAGAUUCGGAGGUGUGUCCCGAGCUGUGGAUCUACUCGAGCUUGCUGUGCACGGUGAUUUGAAGCUGCUAGAGACCCCCCUGGAGCGUAGCUUGGACAUUGGGUACGAGCAGCUCACAAUUCUUUCUACGAGGUGCUCAGAGCAACAGCAUGCGGUGCUGCAGCAGGAGACCAGCUCCAGCCAAAGAGAAGAAAGAGAAGGUGCAAUGAGACUUGGCACAGCUUGGCACAGCAAGGGAUGGCAGAGCGAAGCCACUGAUGGACUGAAAGGUGUCUGCCUGGGCUUUUCGUUGGAGACCAGCAACUAUACUGAUGUGGGCAAUCACGCCUGCCCUGCCAACACGACACCAUUGGCAAGCAAGGCUGAAUGUGUACAAGCUGCAGAGAUGUUUUGGCCAGACGGUGGUUGCUACAGCCAGCCAUGGAAGGCGAUAAUCAAGAGCUUGCCAGACGGGUCUGCCUAUCCUGCUGGUUGCAUCUACGAAGUCAGUCAAGGUGGUGGCUGCGCACUGCUGUUCCAGACUGAUGGGAAGGCACAAACGUGCCAAGAAGGCAUGCAGUGCCACGUCCUGUGCAAGGGUUGCCUUGGAGUUGGAGAACCUUGCAACAUGAGCCACAACGAUUGCUGCCAGGCAAGUUGGAUUGGCAAAGUUACACAAAAAGAAUGUUGA